AUGUCACAGAAGAGCUCUGCCGGUGACCUGGACAUCAAGUCUCAGCAAGAGAACCUCCUCAUUGAUGCCGGUGAAGCCAUGACGAGACAGUGGCUAAAGGUCUUCUUGGUCCUGAAGGCAAAGUCGAUUCUCAUUUCGAAAACAAAUAAGACUGCGAUUAAGGCAUGUGCAGUUAAGAAUCGAGAUAUCGAAUCGCUGCAACUGGUUGACGAUCGAGAUGCCGAAUCGCAGCAACUGGCUCGAAUCUAUACUGGCCUGAUAAAAAACCUUCAUUUCCUCUACUCGGCUUCAGAGGCUCUCCAGGGUUCAAUCCAAAAGAUAAAAAAGGCUCUCCGGGGCUUCGUUUCGGCAGCAAAUAACCCUGUGAUGCAGACACAACUUGAUAGCACAGAAUUACUGGAUACUGGGAAACCAGAGCCGAUCAGUGAAUUGCGCCUCGAUUGCCAGGACAACAAUCAUGAAGCUGCUGAUGUGGUGCUCCAAGCUGAAAAUAUCGCUGGAAUGAUAAAAGAUUUGAAGAGCUUGCAAGAAUCUGGAGGUGUCCAACGGGUAGCAGAGGCUCUCCGCAGUGAUAUGGAUAAUGGAAUUCCAGGUCACGAGAAGGACCUCCUUCACCGACGCACUGCACUCCUUAAACUCAAGCCAGGGGCUCAUAACAGAAAUUUCAUCUACUUCCUCAUGAAAGCUUGCAACAGCACCACCAUUGUCCUCCUCCUAAUAUUAGCCAUUCUGUCAUUUGCCUUCGGGAUCAAGGAGAAAGGACUGAGGAUGGGUUGGUAUGAUGGGGCUUUUGUACUAGGUGCCGUCGCUCUGAUCGUGAUAGUCCAUUCAGUUAGUGAAUUUCGGAAUGAAAAUCCACGCCAGCCGUCAAGAAAUCAGCCUUGGCAAAAUUGGGAAAUGGAAGUCCACGUUUUAAGAGGGGGAUGCCGUCAACCUAUUCGCAUCUCCGACGUGCUCUUGGGAGACAUAGUGCUAUUAGAGAAGGGAGACCGAGUUCCUGCCGAUGGUUUGCUCAUACCCACUGGAUCCUUGAAAGUGGAUGACAAAGCUCAUCCCGUCAUCAAUGAUCAGAAUCCAUUCUUGUUCUAUGGUUCCGUAGUUACUGAUGGAACUGGCAAAAUGCUGGUGACCUCAGUUGGUGCCGAGACAAAGUUGGGCAAUAUGUUGAGCAGAGCUCCACCAUCAAAAGAGACAAAAGUAGAGGAGCAACUCAACAAGCUCGGCACUUUGAUACAAAUAAUCGGUAUUGUCAGCUCAAUAAUCAUCGCUGUGGUGUUGUUUUUGCGGUUCAAGCUGGAGAAGGAACAUGAAAACUCAGGCCUGCCGGACUUCUCAGGGAAGCCACAUCCUCUGAAGGAAUUAAUUAAAGCUAUAGAAAGAGUUGCCCUGAAACCAGGAGGGAUGUUGAAUACGUUAACUUCAUUUACUUUGCUACUUCUGGGGAUAGCUGAAGGACUGCCGUUAGCAAUCGCUAUUGCCAUCACUUGCUGGAACAAGAGGAUGCUAGGUGACAAGACCUUUGCUCAAGGACCAUGCAGUAUUGUCACCAUGGCAUCAGUGACGACUAUCUGCAUUGACGAAACAGGGUGGCUAGCAUUGAUCCCACAAAAAGUUGCGGAGUGCUGGAUUGGUAAGGUGGAACUUAUCAGGGACGAUUCCAAGGUAACCAUUGAUGUUCAGGAUGCACUUCGUGAUGGAAUUGGCAUAUCAUCUCUAUUACCAGAGGAGAGCCUAACCUCAAUGGAUAAGUCAAUCCUUUCUUGGGCUGAAGAGAAAUGGGAAUUGAAAACAGAAAUGUGGAAGCAACGUCACAGUAUCAUUAAGUUCAAACAGUCAACUCUCAAUGAGAACAUAGUCGAAACAUUGAUUGCAAAGACUGGAGGCAACGGGCCUAGGUACCGGCACUUCAGAGGACCUGCAACAGCAAUAUUAGAUAUAUGUUCACAAUUUUAUGACAUUGAAGGUAUACCAAGGCCCAUGGGUACAAGUGAAAAGAGGUUUUUUGAAAACUGCAUUGACCAAAUGCAGUCAGGAGGUCUUGAAUCCAUCGCUUUUGCUCGUGACCAAGUUGAUGACUGUGAGUCUGAUCUAAGCAAUCCGACGAUGGUAACACUGGUGGGGCUGAAGAAGACUGGUCAGGAAGAUUACAGAGAGGUGAGAGAAAAAUUUAGAGAAGCUGGAAUUGAAUUAUUAUUACCAUCGAGCAAGGACGUUUCAAUGCUUAAGGACAUCGCUACAGCAAUUGGAGUGAUGCAGCCUGAUUCAGAUGCACUGGUCACAACAGGCGAAGAAUUUCAGGACUCUGGUGAAGGGAGUAUGGAUAUGGCCACUGGAAUUUCUGUGAUGGGGAAUUCCCUCCCAUCCGAUGUACACUGUCUGGUGAGUCGCUUGAAAGAUAAUAGACACACAGUUGCAGUGGUCGGAAACACAACAAAUGACAUUCCCUCACUAAAAGCUGCUGAUGUGGGACUCACGUUUGCUAUUUGGAGCACUGACAUUGCCAGAAAGGGCAGUGACAUCGUCAUCAUGAAAGGCAAUUUUACAUCCAUCUUGGCCAUAGUUAAGUGUGGAAGAUGCAUCUAUAGCAAUAUGCGAAAGUACAUUCAAUUUCAGCUGACUAUGACCUUAGCCGGGUUGUUGAUACCCUUAAUCACAAAUGCCUCUCAUGGAAGUUCCCCUAUAACGACGAUUCAGUUCCACUGGGCAAUCUCACUUUUGACGACUUUAGGUGGUUUGGCUCUUUUGAUGGAGCCGCCCCGUGAGAUGCUCAUGGAGAAAGUCGCACUGGGACGAGAUGGACAACUCAUUACCAAGGCCAUGUGGGUGAAUAUUUUCAUACAAACAGCUUACCAGGCAUCUCUUUUGGCAAUCAUACAGUCUCAAGGGCCUAUAAUGCUCGGGCUUAAUGAGAAGUUAAUUGGGACGCUGAUAUUCAACAGCUUUUUUCUAUGCCAGUUAUUCAACAAGUUCAAUGCACGAGAGCCCGAAGAGAUGAAUAUCUUCAGAGGGGUCCAUCGCAGUAAAUGGUUUUGGGUGGGUAUCAUUAUUGCCUUGUUGUUGCAGUUCGCAUUUCUCGAGAUAGAACAUAUCAUUGCAGGUGAUUCAAGAUUGAAAUACGCAGAAUGGGGAAUGUGUCUGUUUCUUGGGGUUAUCUCAUGGUGCAUUGACUUAGCUGGAAAGUGCGUACUCCUGAUGAUUAAAACUUGGGUGACAAAGCCACCGCGUUCAGUAACCUCAGCUGACCCAGAACGUCCUCGCGAUCUCGAGCUUCCACUCAUAAAGGAACAUAUCGGGGUUAACACUGAUGAUCUCAUGGUGCAUUGA